CUAGAGUCCAUUGGUGGUGUGCUUUACACCACUGCAUCUAAUGCUUUGCAUUGAACUUGGUGAUGUAAGGCUUGGAUACAGCUGCUUGGCCAUGGAAACCCAUUCAAUGAAGGUCACUGUUGUUGUGCUAUUGACUCUGCAGACAGUUGGCGACUUCUACAAACUGUGUGCUUCAGCAUGCGCUGAAUCCGCUCUGUUAUUUUACAUGGCCUACCGCUUCCUGGCCACAUAGUCAUACCUUCUGUUGUAAUCGGUUGCUUCCACUUUGUUAUAAUACCACUUGUAGCAGUUGACUGUGGAAUAUUUAGUAGCAAGGAUAUUUCAUGGAUGGACUUAUUGCACGGGUGGCAACCUAUCACAGUACCACGUUUGAACUCACUGAGCUACUGAGAGCGACCCCUUUAGUAAUAUAGUGUAUUUUAGUAGAGUAGUAGGGAGUAUAUCACAGUGGGCAGUAGGUG